AUGAAGAUGGUAUUCAAGGCAUUUGUCCGUUCAUCUGGGGACGACAGCGAAAGGGAAGGAAAGUCAACCACCCUAGGAAUCGACGAGUCUCAUGUUCUCCAAGAGCGGACAAUUGGCGUCUUUGGCGCUGCCUCACUAAUCAUCAACAAAAUGAUUGGUGCCGGUAUCUUUUCAACCCCCAGUGGCAUCUUCAAACUUUCUGGAAGUGUUGGAAUGUCUCUCAUGUGUUGGAUUAUUGGAGCAGCUGUUGCCACUUGCGGAACGUUUGUUAUGCUCGAGUUUGGAGGAGCUAUUCCAAGAUCUGGUGGUAUCAAGAACUAUCUUGAGAGGUCUUACAGUCCUCGGUUGAUGCAGACGUGUAUCUACGUCUUUUUCUGCGUCUUUCUUCAGGUAUCGGCUAGCAACGCCAUCACCUUCUCCUCAUAUCUCCUUGUCGCAGCCGGCGCUGAGUCAACAACAUGGAAGCUCCGUGGCGUCGCCAUAGCCGGAGCAUUCUUCUCAUGCGGAGUCCACGCCGUGACACCUAAAAUCGGAAGAUGGAUAUCGGAUAUUUUGUCUGUCGUCAAGAUCUUUACCCUCUUUUUCAUCGUGUGUUGCGGCUUUGCUGCAUUGGGUGGUCAUCUCAAAGUUGACCAGCCUCACAAUUUCUCGAAUGGCUUUGAGGGUACUUCUAACAAUGGAUACAACAUUGGUACUGCUAUUCUGCAAGUCAUUUUUGCCUUUGGAGGUUAUGACAAUAUCAACGCCGUCUUGUCAGAAGUCCGCAACCCUCAAAAGACGCUCAAGUUGGCUCUUCCACUAUCCAUGGGAACUGUCACUGUUCUCUACAUUCUCGCCAACAUUGCCUACUUCGCUGCCGUCUCCAAGGAAGACUUCAAGGCCGCCCAAGUCACCGUUGCCGCUAGUCUCUUCAGAAACAUGUUUGGAGACACAGCUGCCGUCAAAGCCCUUCCUGCUCUGGUUGCUCUUUCAGCUCUUGGCCAUCUUCUCGGAAUCGCCUUUACUGUCCCACGAAUCAUUCAAGAACUGGCCAAAGACGGCGUUCUCCCCUUUUCCAACUUCUUUAUGGAAAACAGACCCUUCAAGACUCCCAUCACAGCGCUCGCCCUCCAUCUCGGUGUCACAAUUCUCUUCGUUUGCGCUCCUCCGGCUGGCGACGCCUUCAACUUCAUCGUCAGCUUGUCGUCCUACCCAGGCACAAUCAUGCAUCUUGCAAUCGUCAUUGGAUUGGUCAAACUUCGCCUCAAGAAGAGCGAAAACUUUACAUCGCCCUUCCCUGCUCCUUGGCCCGUCAUUGGCUUUUUCGUAGUCAGCAACAUCUUUCUCCUCGUGAUGCCAUUUAUUCGCCCUCCUAGUGGCAAGGGAAACACUUCGUUGCCAUACUGGUUGUCACCUUUUGUCGCCGUCAUGAUUCUGCUGCUGGGAAUCAUUUACUAUGUGCUCCGCUUCGUUCUCUCGCCGCUUGUAUUUGGUUACAAGCAUGAGCAGAUUCAACAAGAUCUCAGCGAUGGAUCCAAGAUUACCCGUUUCCGAAGGAUCAAGACGCGAUAA